AUGGGCACUUGCCCGUCCAUCUCUCAGUCCGAGGUCGGUAUCGUCGAGACCUGUGGCCGCUUCUCCUACACUGCCGACCCCGGCAUCCACUGCCUGUGGUGCGGCUCCGUUCUCGUUCGCCGCGUUACUCUUCGCCUGCAGGAGUAUGAGCUGAAGGUGGAGUCGAAAACAAAGGACAACGUGUUUGUGACGCUAUCGCUCGUCAUACAGUACCAAGUGUCCCCUGACAAGCUCGCCGAGGUGUACUACGCAUGCGACUCGUCGCUGCAGUGCAUGCGGGACUACGUCCUGAACUCGAUUCGAGCGAAGAUCCCUCUGUACAAGCUGGAGGCGCUGUACGUCGAGCGCGGCACCAUCUCGCAGCAGCUAAAGGAUGAGGUCGACGCGAUCAUCGGCACCUAUGGCAUCGAGAUCGUGUCCGCCCUCAUCUCCGAUAUUGACCCUGGCGCGGAGAUCACGAAGGCGAUGAACGAGGUGCAGAAAUUUCAGCGGCUGCGCGUCGCCUCCGUGGACGCGGCUGAGACAGAAAAGCUGAAGCGCGUGCGUGCUGCUGAGGCUCGGUGCGAGGCGCGUCGCCUCUCCGGUGAGGGUCUCGCCGAGCAGCGCAAGGCCAUCGUCGCUGGUCUGAUGCAUUCCAUCGAGGACGUGCAGAGUGAGGUGCGCGACUUGACCUCCAACGACGCAACAAACAUGCUGCUGAUGAACCAGUACUACGACACGCUGCAAGCCAUCGCCGCAAACAGCAGUUCAAGUGUCAUUAUGUUGGAGUCGAACGGCGGGCUGGAGAAGGUGGCGGCGCAGCUGCGCCAGGGUGUGACGCACAUGAUGCGGUGA